AUGAUAAACUCUGCUCUUAGACAAACUGCUCGCGUCGCUCAACGUCGCUACCAAUCCAGCACGGUUUCCACCACCUUCUUGGCCAAGAAGCAGGAAUAUACCUUCCAAAAGGCAUGGCUCUCCGAUCCAUCCACUUUCCCAAUGAUUGCAAUCAUGGGCGGAGCCGCUGCUUUGGUCGCUGGUGUUGGUGUCAGUUGCAUCUUGUUCAACCCCGAUGUCCAAAUCAGCCCAAGCAGGCGUGGUGCUGUUGUCCGUAACUGGGAGAUGUAA